AUGAAGUUCCGAUCUACGCACAGGCUCCCCGUUUUCCUCAACUCUCAUCAGUUCAACUAUCGCCGUCUUCAUCACCGCCAUUUCUUCAUUUCUUUCCACAAGAAAUUUCAUUCGACGUCGCCGACUCGUGCCGCUUUUAGCAAUGCCGACGGUGGCAACUCUAAAGGCAAUGCUUUCCUGGUACCUGGUGCAACUGCAGCUACCUUACUUAUGCUUGGUGUGCUGCAUGCUCGUCGGAUGUAUGAUGACAAAAAGUUGGAAGAGGCACGAGAGAAAGGGGUUGAAAUUGAAUUCCAACCUGAUGCAAAAGCUUCAUUUUUGAGGAUGCUACCCUUACGCUCCAUUUCCAGAGUUUGGGGUUCUUUAACUAGUGUGGAACUCCCUAUCUGGCUGCGCCCAUAUGUCUAUAAAGCUUGGGCAAGAGCAUUUCAUUCAAACUUGCAAGAAAUGUCUCUCCCUCUCGAAGAAUAUUCUUCUUUACGUGAAUUCUUUGUCCGCACAUUAAAAGAAGGGUCCAGGCCUAUUGACCCUGACCCACAUAGUCUGGCCAGUCCCGUAGAUGGUACAAUUCUAAGAUUUGGGGAAUUGAAAGGACGAGGGGCUAUGAUUGAACAAGUCAAAGGGUUUUCGUAUUCUGCUUCUUCCCUACUCGGAGCUAGCUCCUUCCUUCCUAUGGUAGCUGAAAGGGAUGUGCCUGAGGAAACUAGCGAAGACCGAAGUGACCAUAAAGAGAACAGCCAAAACGCACAAUGGAGAAUUUCAUUGUCUUAUCCUAAAGCCAGGGACACAGUGAGGGCAACAAGUCCAGGGAAAGGGCUUCACUACUGUGUAAUUUACUUGAGACCUGGAGACUAUCACCGCAUACACUCACCAGUUGAUUGGAAUAUUCUCGUUCGCCGUCACUUUUCAGGACGCCUUUAUCCAGUGAAUGAACGUGCAGCAAGAACAGUCAGAAAUCUGUAUGUUGAGAAUGAAAGGGUAGUAGUUGAAGGUCUAUGGAAUCAGGGAUUCAUGGCCAUGGCUGCAGUUGGUGCUACCAAUAUUGGAUCAAUUGAGCUUCUCAUUGAGCCAGAGCUUAGAACAAACCUGCCAAGAAAGCUGCCAUCUUCUUCUGAUCCUCCAGAAGAACGGGUUUAUGAACCUGAAGGCAUCGGAAGACUAGUCAAGAAAGGAGAUGAGAUAGCUGCUUUCAACAUGGGUUCAACAGUCGUGCUUGUCUUUCAAGCUCCUAUGUCGAAACCAGCCAAAGAUGGAAGCCCAUCUUCAGAAUUCAGGUUCAACAUCAAACGUGGGGAUCGAGUUCGAGUUGGAGAAGCACUUGGCACAUUCCAUGAUGUAUAG